AUGCCUUUCUUUGAUGUGCAGAAAAGGCUGGGCCUUAACUUAGAUCAUUGGAUGACCAUCCAAAGUGCUGAGCAGCCUCACAAGAUCCCAGGUCGAUGCCAUGCUUUUGAAAAAGAAUGGAUAGAGGAAUGUGCGCAUGGAAUCGGUGGUACCCAUGAAGAGAAAGAGUGCAAGAUAGAAUUUGAUGAUUUUGUAGAAUGUCUGCUUCGGCAGAAAACGAUGAAACAUCUGAGUGACAUCACGAGGCAGCAAGAUAAACUAAUAAAGGAAGGGAAGUACACACCUCCAUCUCACCACUUGGGCAAGGGGGAUCCUAGGCCCUGA